AUGGAGGUUCUCACCCAGGAGUGGCACCAAUUUUCAAUUGUCCAUGACCACCUGGGGGCUUGGAAAUUGUCAUUAGGAGCUUCAGUGGAUUUUCUGACUCUAAGACAGCUACGUCAAUUCCUGACGGAUCGCGCUCGCGCUCAAGAGCAGUACGAGAAAAGUACCAACAAGACUGCAGAUCACCAAAAAUCCAGUCACUCGAACCUUGAAAUCCAGCUCGAAGCCCAGCAAGGGUUCAUCGUACGCCCACAUGGUUAUUACAAGCACUCAUGCGUCGUCUAUGACUCCAGUACCGCAAGCAGAUCAUCCAAAGGUGCCAACUGCUCAAUACCCCUGAGGUGUCUGCAAGGGUGA